UUGGUUCCAUGGAGAACGUCGUGCCCUUUCACUCUUCAUAUGCCUGGACGUUUCAGGCUCUAUGCGUGGUUCGAUAGAACAGGCCAAAGAAGUUAUAUUAAAGAUCAUGGGUGAACUAUUGCAAAAUGGCAUUCUUGUCGAAGCAGACAUUACGUGCUUUUUCUAUAGUUCUUCAUGCGAUGAAGUAAAAUUCGGUGAUAAUCCAAAUAUGCUUUGGGACAAUGGUGAAAUAAAGAAUUACUUCAAUGGCGUGAGGGCAGGCGGAGGUACAAAUUUCGAGAGUGUUUUUAAAUCGAUCAUCAAAAACCUUGAUAAUGUAAACAGCAACAACGAUUUGGCCAUCAUCUUCUUUACGGAUGGCCAAGAUUCCAUAAGCGACUAUACCAAAAAGGAACUAGAAGAUGCUUUGUUAAGAACCCCUUACACAACUGAAGUUCACACAAUUGGAUUUACGGAAAAUCACGAUGCUUCUCUUCUUUCGUGGUUAACAAAAUGUGGAAGCAAAGGAGGAAAUUUCAUGUACAUUAAAGAUUCAAGUGAAAUUCCGAAUAUAUUAAGUGUGAUGAUACCAUUGUUGGAAUUGAGAGAUAGAACUCUUUAUGUUAAAGUCGGAGAUCAAGAUCCCCUGGCCGAACAAUUUGAUGAUCAAGGUUCCGGAACGGUUAUCCUCAAAGGCAAAGUGGAGGGUGAACGAAUCACAGUAUUGAGACAUUUGCGGAGUCACGAGAAGUACGAAUUUCAACCACCACAACAAAUUUCCAAUAGCAGUCCAAGGGCAAUACAAUCAAUAAUCUAUUACAUUCAACAUGAAAUCCAAAUUUUCACGAAUGAAAUAAUCAAUCAUAUCAAGCAUAACGAACACGAGAGAAUCCAGCGACUCUUGAUUGAAGUAGAAAGAUAUGAAGAACAAUUGAACGACAUUCUGCUAACGGCUUCCAAAAAAGUAUUGGAGAUGCACGACGACAUAAUCCAGGAUGCCAAAUCCACCAUCGGCGAGUUCAAAAUCAUCUUGAUCAAGAAAUCUGAUGGUAGUUUGACAAAUGACAAGAUUGCAAAUUUCAACGACUUGAUAUACAAGAAUAUCCGCGAACUGAAAAACCCCACUAUCUUUAAGCCCACUACACAAGAAAUCGAAGAAGUAUCGGACAGCGAAAACACAUCCGUCAGCGAUGACACAGAUAACACUUCGAUCAGCGACGACAGAUCGAUUUCGUUGCUAUUGGAUAAAAUCAGCUCCCUUGAGGCCAACAUGAAUCAAAAAUUUGAUCAAUUACAAUCCAGAGUUGUAAAGGCCGAGAAUGAAAUAGAUAAUCAAGAUAAUCAAAAAGUCGAAGAAAAAGAAACAGCUGGUCAAGAUAAUCAAAAAGUCGAAGAAAAAGAAGCUCAUAGUCAGGAUGAACAAAAGGUCCAGAAGAACACUGAGAUGGCAAGAACCCCAAUUAGAUGUGGAUCAAAGAUUGCUCUUGUUCACGUGUCCACUGGAAGAUAUUUGACUGCUCAUAGAGGUCAACGAGGCCCAAUCGUCAGUCAAGAACAGGACAUUGACCAGGAUACUGAUCUCUGGACCAUUACCGAAGCCAGUAAUAGUAAGGGUGUGAGCAUGGGACAUCCCGUACAUCUCAAGACCACUAUUAGGCUUAAACACGAGGCAACGAUGGGAAAUUUACAUUUGACUCUCUAUUCGGGCAGCAAUGCUGACGAUGAUUGGCGUAUCCAACGAUGUGAACCUAAUGAUAGCAACACAAAUUAUCUGACAAAUGGUGAUAUCGUCUGUCUUGUACAUAAUUCGACCAAAACUCACGCGCUUUACUAUCGCGAACCUCAGUCAGGUGACGUAAAUCAUGAAGUCAGCUGUUAUGGAAAUGGGAAGAAAAAUAAUAGA